GGGGAGGGCCGCGAGCCACCGGGGACCCGAGCAUGGGACAGCGCGCCUGAAGGAGCAGCCCCGGGAAGAGGGGGCCUGGGACCCUGAAGGGAAAAGAGAGACCGGUGAGAGCGGAGGAGAAAGAUGCAACUGACCCGCUGCUGCUUCGUGUUCCUAGUGCAGGGCAGCCUCUAUCUGGUCAUCUGUGGCCAAGAGGAUGGCCCCCCUGGCUCAGAGGACCCUGAGCAUGAUGACCAUGAGGGCCAGCCUCGGCCUAGGGUACCUCGGAAGCGAGGUCACAUCUCACCUAAGUCCCGCCCCUUGGCCAACUCUACCCUUUUAGGGCUGCUGGCCCCACCUGGGGAGGCUUGGGGUGUCCUUGGGCAGUCCCCCAACCGCCCCAAGCAAAGUCCCCUACCCUCGACCAAAGUGAAAAAAAUAUUUGGAUGGGGUGAUUUCUACUCCAACAUCAAGACAGUGGCCCUGAACCUGCUGGUCACAGGGAAGAUCGUGGACCACGGCAACGGAACCUUCAGCGUCCACUUCCGUCACAACGCCACAGGCCAGGGUAACAUCUCCAUCAGCCUUGUACCCCCCAGCAAAGCUGUAGAGUUCCACCAGGAACAGCAAAUCUUCAUCGAAGCCAAGGCCUCCAAAAUCUUCAACUGCCGGAUGGAGUGGGAGAAGGUUGAGCGAGGCCGCCGGACCUCGCUCUGUACCCACGACCCAGCCAAGAUCUGUUCCCGAGACCACGCUCAGAGCUCGGCCACCUGGAGCUGCUCCCAACCCUUCAAAGUCGUCUGUGUCUACAUUGCUUUCUACAGCACAGACUACAGACUGGUGCAGAAGGUGUGCCCAGAUUACAACUACCACAGCGACACCCCCUACUACCCAUCUGGGUGACCUGGAUGGGCCGCAGAGGCCUGUGCAGGAGGCCGGCUGUCUGGACACUGGGCAGGGAAAGGGAUGGGUCUCAGGAAGGGAGGGGGUGGAGAGGACGAGAGACCAGGUGGGCCAGGGCCAGGCCUCAGGUGUUGGAGAACGGUCCCCAGCGCUGGCCCCAGCCCGAGGUCAGAAUGUACUUGUCGUGGAGGAGGAAUGGGUUCUGGGCAGCCUUACAGAGCUUUCUCUCUGGUCCAAAGCUGAUGCUGGGCCCUGAGGCCCCUGGGCAGGCAGGCCAGGUGGCCCCAGAUCAAGCCACGGAGAAGACCUUAACCCUUGGCUCUCUCCUUGCCAUUCAGAAAGAGGACAGCAGUCGACAAAGGGGUGUCCGACUGUGUAGGCCAGACAGACAACUGAGGAUGGAUGGCUCAGUGGCUUGCCCCAUGGGAGCUGGCGGUGUGCAGCCCCGAGACCCUUUCCUGCCCUGAGCGAUGACCUCAUCCCCACCCUCAGGUCUUUGCUGUCACGACUACCUUUCACCAGCCAGGCCACCCCUUUCCGAAACCCCGUCUCCCCCCAGCCCUCUGCACCUGCUCUUACCCUCUUGCUGAUGGCACACCACUGACCCCGUCCUUCAGCCGAGACAGGGCUACUAGGUCCUCUUAGCCUGAAGGGCAGAAGCAGAAGCCGGCCCGUGGGCUGUGUGCCCAUCCUUUGCCCUAACCCUGCUGAGAUUGCUCCCUCGACAGCUCGCUCUUCAUGUCAGCCGGGGGCAUUCCGAAACAGGGAUGGGGACUCCUUCUCUGGGCCAUGGGGCUAUCUGCAGAGUGGGGUGCAGGAGGCUGGACUGUGUGGCCACGCUGGAACUGUGCCCUAGUGUUGUCUGUGGGGUGGGGUGGGGGGGGGAGGGAUGGGAAGUCUUGUGAAAUGCCCUGUCACUUCUGUGUGCAGAGUCUUGUCCUUGGAGCAGGGAAUAAAGUUUUCCGGGGGCACCGUA